ACACGUGGCUAGUACUUCAUUCUUCCCUCAGCCUCUAAGCAAAAGCGGAAGGGCUAAGACUCUGAUCAUUUGAUCCAAAUGACUACCCAAAUUGUUUCAGAUUUAGCCGAAUCGAUUUCUCGAUAAACCCAAAUGCGAAAACCCAAUUUCCUACUCUUCUCCUUCUUCUCCGUAGCAAUCCAAUUUCUCUUCUUUGACAAGUUUUCUGCUGAAUCAAUCCUCUGCUCUGAACCAAUGGCCACCACUUUGGGCGGAGUCCACCCUUCCCGUGGUUCCCAGAACAGCGCCGAGCUCGAAAGCCUCGCUCGCUUCGCCGUCGAUGAGCACAACAAGAAAGAGAACGCGAUGGUGGAGUUUGUGAGGGUGGUGAAGGCAACCGAGCAAGUGGUUUCUGGGACGCUCCAUCAUUUGACGGUGGAAGCUAUUGAUGCCGGCAAGAAGAAGCUUUAUGAGGCCAAAGUGUGGGUCAAGCCUUGGAUGAAUUUUAAGGAAUUGCAGGAGUUUAAGCAUGCUGGUGAUGCUGAUGUUUCCCCAUCUUUUACUGCUUCUGAUCUCGGUGUCAAGAAAGAUGUGAAAGGCCCUGGAUUGCAAGCCUUGCCGACACAUGAUCCUGUAGUUCAGGAUGCUGCGAAUCAUGCUGUCAAGACCAUCCAGCAGAGAUCCAAUUCCCUGGUGCCUUAUGAACUUAAAGAAAUAGUUCAUGCCAAGGCUGAGGUACUAGAAGACUUUGCCAAACUCUACAUGCUUCUCAAGGUCAAGAGAGGAGACAAGGAAGAGAAGUUCAAGGUGGAGGUACACCAUAAGAGCGAAGGGACUUUCCAUCUGAAUCACAUGGAGCCAGAUCACUCUUGAAGCUAAUGUUACUGUAUAUUGUUAGAGGUUGAACCUAAUAUUAUCCUAUAUUAUGAAAAUAUGGUUGGAACCUUGCAUCAUGUACUGAUCUUACUCCUGCUGCUGGAAAACCUGUCUUUAUAAGAAUGUUAUGUCUCCCGUUUAUGUGUUAACCUCCUGAAGUGCAGUGCUUUUGUCAAUGCAAUAUUGCUUUACAAA